CCCUCUUUAUAGCUGUAUCUAUAUGUUGGGACCAGGUUAGGUCCUUAGAGAUCUUGACACCCAGGAACUUGAAAUUGUUCACUCUCUCCUCUGUGGGGAGUGGUGGAUGUUCCCUUGUCUGCGAGAUAUACAGCCAAAUAAAAGGGAAAUAUAAAAACCCUAUUUAAAGCUUACUAAAAAGUAGAAAAAUUAUUAGAAUUUGGUAGAAGUGAUAUCUGGUUUCCAAUUUCCAAGUAAUUUUAUUCAGAACCUUCUAAGCAUUUUAAUUCCUCCUGAAAUAUCUUCAGCACUCUUUAACAGCUCUGGUAAAAGUCUCUUUAUACAUGAUCACCAGAUGGCAGAUACCAAAGAUUGCUUUCUAUUUCAGUUGCUAGUUAUUUAUAAAAUCUCUCUUCUCCUAGGUUAGGUCUCAGCAGUCGGAAGUGGAAAGGGUGCUGGAAGUAAAGAGAAUAAAUUACAAGCCGAUCGAUAUCUCUGUCAGUGAGGCACUGCUGGAAGAAAUGAGAAGCCGGGCAGGUGAUCCCAAUGCACUUCCACCACAAAUAUUCAAUGGUAACAAUUAUUGUGGGGAUUACCAUCGGUUUUACGAAGCUGUAGAGAAUGAUGAAAUAGAUGCCUUCUUAAAAUUAAGAGCGGAAGAAGUGCAGCUGUAGGCUUUUCAGAUGACACCAGUCAAAAUUAUGCUGCAGAGGUCUGUUAUGAUGGACCUAUUACUGCACACUGUUGACAUCAAUUAAUAUUAAAACUACUUAAAUUUAUACUUUAAUUAUUCUAGAAAGGUAGAAUUUCUGGUAACAAUACUCAAGAUGAUCUUUACUUUUGCACCAGGAGGGUUGAAAUAGUGGGAUUCAAACUCUGCCUCCUGUCAAUAAUAUAGGCGACUAGCUGCUGAUCCAGUAACAUAACCACAGUGCUAUGUCAGCAUUAUGGCUUCAAUAGG